UCUGUCACUGCGCGUUCACGGUAACCAAAUCGACGGGCAAUGAGCAAAUGCACUCUCAAUAGACGAGUUACGUAAACGAAAGAAAAUGCGGACUGCUUAGAAAGGAAGACAAAGAAACAAAGACAAGCAGGAACAUGGCAAAUCAUGCUGUCCUUGUGGGACUGUUCGAGAGUAACAAAACCUUCGAUUAUGAUGAUUAUGAUUACGAGGAGGUGGUCUGUCCGUCCAGCACCGUCUCUGGAGCUUUGGCGGUCUUCAUGCCCCUGCUUUACUCUUUGGGGUUCUUAUGGGGGCUGCUGGGAAACGGACUGGUGCUGGCAAUACUGUGGCUUAAGAGGAACCUGAGGGUGAUGGACAUCUUCAUCCUUCUUCUGAGCUUAACAGACAGCCUGCUGCUCUUUACACUUCCUCUCUGGGCAGUAGAUGCGGUCAAGGGAUGGAUCAUGGGAGCAAAGCUCUGCAAACUCUCUGGAGUUCUGUUUGAGAUCAAUUUGUACUGUGGUAUCUUCACGUUGGCCUGCCUCAGUGUUGACUUCUGUCUGUCCAUCGUCCAUGGGGUUCAACUGUUUUCUUGUAAAAAGCCUGUGGUGGUUUACUGUUGCUGUCUGAUUAUUUGUGUCCUCUGCCUGCUCCUUUCCAUCCCUAACUGGAUCUUUCUGCGCCCUUUCAGGGCCUCAGAUGAGAGUAAAAAGGAAUGUAUUCACUUUUAUCGGCCUGGUUCUCAUCGGUUUGCCUCUCGUUUUCCACAUCUUUUUGUUCUACCGAUACUUGUGCUGCUGUGCUGCUGUUCCUUCAUCCUGCUGAAGUUACGGCACAACUUAAAGUGCCAGCAGAAGAAGAAGGGCCAAAGGGCGGCUAUCAUUUCAGUCCUUGUGCUGGUUUUCUUUAUCUGCUGGACACCCUACAACAUUACCUUCAUCGUGAACACUUUUCAGACAGCGGAGAGCAUCUCUUCAGCAGUGGCAGAAGAGUGUGAAGGGAGGCAGUGGACAGCUAGCAAAAUAACAGCAGUUUUGGGGCUUCUCCAUUGUGUUGUUAAUCCUGUCAUUUACCUCUGUCUCUCCAAAGAGUUCCGGGAUCGUGCACUGAAGAUGACAAAGUUCAGAGCUUGUAAAACAGAGAGUGAUGAUGAUGUUUCACUUUGGGACUCUAGUGUAGUAAACAGAAACACAUCUGUCCAAGAGGAAAAAGGUUCAUUACAACCUAUGAAUGACAUGGAUUCAACAUUUAAACCCCAGGAUCAGGAUUCAUGAAAAAUAUGGAUCAUAAAACAUUGACUGCCGGACGCAUUGUAUCUCGUAGUUCCUAAAAUGUAUGUUAUGCGUUCUUCAUUUAACAUGUGAGCAUUGAAUAGAUAUCACUAUGAAUGGAAUAACCCAGUGAACCCAGUCCUCCAAAGGUUCCUGUACAUGAAUUCAGGAAUAUUAUUUCAUUAUGGAUGAUAAAGGAUGAAAUGUAAAAUAUGGACAUGAAGGAAGGACAUGAAAUGCUGGCCAACUCGUUUGCAAUGUAAUUCUGUUGAAUUUAAUCAGUGAAAUCAUACUGGGAAUUUUUUGAUUUUAUUUGUUUAAGUAAUUUGUUAAUUUAUUUUCGCUGUGCUGUAAAUGUUUUGGAAUAAUGUUCUAGAACAGUGUUUUUAGUAAUGGAUUGAUAUUAUCAGACAGUUUUUGGCCAUUGGUCGGUUCUGUGCCCACUUGCUUGAAUAACAGAUGUCUUCAUUCCCACUCAAUUACAAAAUCAUUCUGAAUGGAUAAUAACCAUUUUCUUUUUUCUUUUUUUGGUCAAAUAUAAAAAACUAUUUUUAGAGCUUUUAACUCCCUUCCCCCCAAUGCGUGACCUUCGUUCACCUGAAACUGGUCUGUUAUCUGCUCCGUCAACCUGUUUAAGAUCCAUGGGAGAUUUUUCUUCACUAGCUCCAAAACUAUGCAACUUUUUACCUAUUAAAAUAAGGCAAGCGAAAUCUCUAGGCAUAUUUAAAUCUUGCCUUAAAAAUAAUUUCUUUAGGGUGACUCUUACUUGAAUUUUUUUUAUUAAAUCCAUAUUAUUCUAUUUUUGUCAAAGUAUUUUGGGAAUAGGAUUUUUUCUCUUCUUCAUUUUUAUAUGGUGUCUUUUGUUGAUUUAUUUGUUUAUCUAAAGCACUUUGAGAUGUAACAUUUAAAAGUAAAAAAGAGGAUA